AUGCCGCGCACUAGACAACGUGCUCGUAGUGAGGUCUCCGCCACUCCAAAUACCCCCACAACCGUCGUGUCGCCUCUCUUCAGCGCGAGAACUUCAGAGCAAGCGACACCUGACACGUCCGACAUAGACGCAGAACUGCCAAAGCUCAAGCCUACCGUUCAGACAAGACGUACCACCAGAAUGAGCACCAUCCGCAAGGGCACAAAGCGUGCACUAGAAAGCGAGAAGGAACUAGACGACGAUGCGCCUGCUAUCGGGAAGCCGACCAAGAGGCGAGUGAUCACGAAGGAGGUCUACGUCGAGAUCAGUGUGCCGAAGCGCAUAGCCAAGAAAACUACCCCCAUUGGCAAGCAGUCUGUGAGUGGCCAGAAGAGUAGACAGGCAGGAAGACCUAUACAGGAAACUGAAGUUGACUACGAGAACGAAGCGAACCCUGCACAGGAGGACGUGCAGUCAGGCGAGGAGCUCUCCAUCGACGAGUCUGACGAUAGCGGCUCGGAAUAUCAAGGCUCAGAUGACGACGAACUUGCUCAGAACGAACCCCUCGAGGCCAGUGAUGACGACGACAUCCUCGAAGAGGGUAUUAACGAUGAGGACGUGAUGAUGGAUGCCGCCAUCAAGAUGUCCCUGGACCUUGCACGUACAGUGGGCAAAGCCGGCUCGUCGAGCACAGGGGCGACGCUCACCACCAGGUCUACCUCCAUCAGCAAGGCAGCAGCACUACGUGCUGCAGCUGCAGAACGCCGGCUUGGUUGCCAGCGGACGAUGGCCGUCGAAGACGAGGCUCCCGACUUCCUGGCAUCCGACCUCGAAGAGUCCGCCGUCAAGUCCUCCGACGAGUCCGAGGAGGAGCCGCUGGCCAAGGGCAAGGGCAAGGGCAAGGGGGUCGCAAGGAAAGUCACGGUUACCGACACCAGCAAGCCGAAGAACAUGACUAUUGCAGAGCUCCGGCAGGUAAGACGAGAGCAGCGGCGCAAGGCGAAGUUGAUGAGGGGAGCGCACAGCAAGGAGGAGGCCGACCUGCGCCUAAAGCUCGGGCGCAAGUUGACUCACGCAGAGAAAACGUCGGUUGCUCUCCGCGCAAAUCAUCCCGAGCUCCGGAACGUCUGGGGCGACCUCGAGAAGGAUAUACCCAUCGCAAUACCUCAAAAGGCCGAGCAGCCACCGAACCUCAAGGUGACACUGCUCCCUUUCCAGCUGGAGAGUAUCCACUGGAUGAGGGACCAAGAGAAAGGAAUCUGGAAAGGAGGCAUUUUGGCAGAUGAGAUGGGCAUGGGAAAGACCAUUCAGAUGAUUUCGCUACUGGUGUCCCACCCUGGCUCCAGGCCGAACUUGGUAGUAGCCCCGACCGUCGCCAUCAUGCAGUGGCGCAACGAAAUAGAGACGCGUACCGACGGCAUGAAAGUCCUCAUCUGGCACGGCUCAUCUAGAGAGUCUGACGUCCGGGAGCUCAAGAAGUACGACGUCGUGCUGACCACGUAUGCUGUGUUGGAGAGCUCGUUCCGCAAGCAACACAGCGGCUUCAAGCGCAAGAGCAAGAUCGUCAAGGAGGCGUCGGCUAUACAUGCCAUCAAAUGGGUCAGGAUCAUCCUUGACGAAGCGCACAACAUUAAGGAGCGCGCGACCAAUACCGCGAAGGCAACGUUCGAGCUUAAGAGCGAAUACAAGUGGUGCCUCUCUGGAACGCCGCUGCAGAACCGCGUCGGGGAGUUGUACAGUCUCGUACGGUUUUUGGGUGGUGACCCCUUUUCGUUCUAUUUCUGCAAGAUGUGCGAUUGCAAGUCAUUGCAUUGGAAAUUCAGUGACAAGCGGAGCUGCGACGAUUGUGGCCAUAGCCCUAUGAAACAUACAUGCUUCUGGAAUACAGAGAUCCUAACGCCAAUCCAGAAGAACGGGAUGCUCGGUCCCGGCAAGGACGCGUUCAAGAAACUGAGAAUCCUACUCGAUCGUAUGAUGCUGCGCAGAACGAAGAUACAAAGGGCUGACGAUCUUGGCUUGCCCCCUCGCACAGUGAUCAUUCGGCGCGACUACUUCAGCCCUGAAGAGAAGGAAUUAUACCUAUCGUUGUUUUCGGACGCGAAGAGGCAGUUCAACACAUACGUCGACUCUGGAACUGUGCUCAACAACUACUCGAACAUCUUCAGUCUGCUCACCCGUAUGCGCCAGAUGGCGUGCCACCCCGACCUCGUUCUGAGGAGCAAGACCAACGCAGGCGCAUUUGUACAGGAUGAGGCCGGCGAAGCGACUGUGUGCCGUCUCUGCAACGACGUCGCAGAAGAUGCGAUCCAGGCGAAGUGCCGGCACAUCUUCGACCGAGAGUGUAUCAAGCAGUAUCUGAACACCGCGAUCGAGAUGAACCCCGCAUGCCCAGUGUGCCACCUGCCCCUCACCAUUGACCUCGAGGCGCCCGCCCUCGAGGUCGAGGUGGAGAAUGCAACGCCGCGCCAGGGCAUUCUGGGCCGGCUUGACCUCGACAAGUGGCGGUCGUCGUCCAAGAUCGAGGCGCUCAUCGAGGAGCUGACUAACCUCCGGCGGCAGGACGCGACAACCAAGAGCAUCGUCUUCAGCCAGUUCGUCAAUUUCCUUGACCUAAUCGCGUAUCGCCUUCAGAAGUGCGGUUUUAACGUAUGCCGUUUGGAGGGUACGAUGAGUCCGCAAGCCCGAGAUGCGACAAUACAGUAUUUUAUGAACAACGUGCACGUCACCGUCUUCCUUGUCAGCCUCAAGGCAGGCGGCGUCGCACUAAAUCUGACAGAGGCGUCACGCGUCUUUUUGAUGGAUAGCUGGUGGAAUCCUGCCGUCGAGUAUCAGGCGAUGGAUAGGAUUCAUCGGCUUGGCCAGCACCGCCCUGUUCAAGUUGUCAAGCUUGUGGUCGAGGAUAGCAUCGAGAGUCGUAUUGUUCAGUUACAGGAAAAGAAAGCGGCCAUGGUGGAUGCUACACUUUCCACAGAUGAUUCGGCUAUGGGACGUUUAACUCCGGGAGAUCUCAAUUUCUUGUUCAGAUUGUGA